CUGAGCAUAGAUCGUCGGCAAAUCGGCGAGAGCAAACUGUCCGCUGUCAGUUGAGUGAGAUUUCCCAUCGCGUUCGGAACCACGCAGAUUCUGGUACAGCAGAUCAACGGGAAAAACGGAGCACUAGCAUAGCGGAGGGCAACUCGGCUGCGGCGGCGGAGUGAAAAAGAGGCCCGUCUCCGAAAGAUGGAGGACAGCAAACCACUCUUCGAGAGCAAACACUGUCUCUCGCUAAAAUGUGUUCUAUUUCUAUUCUAUGGAGGCUUGGGAUGUAUCUAUCCCUUCCUCCAGUCCAACAUGGCCCACAAGGGGUUUGACUUCAACGAGAUCUACUCGAUAUCGGUCAUCAUUCCGAUUGCGGCCCUGUUCGGCCCACUGGUGUUCGCCGUGCUGGUGGACAAAUGGGCCACAACGAGUGCCUUUGCCUAUGGCAAGCGGGUUCGCAUCCUGACGGCGGUGAGUUUGAUCGCAUCGAUCGUGCUCUACGUGAUACUGAUGUUCGGCGUCAGUCGGAUGGCUCCGCCGGAAAUUUGUGCCCCCCGGGUGAACUUCAUGUGCAACAAGAAGGGAGCGUACCUGAUGCAGGAGAAGUGCACCGCCGAAGGGAUCUGCCACGAUUGGGAUCACAAUAAGGCCGGUUUACUGAGUCUGGAAGAUUGCACCUACAGCUGCCAGCGUGAAGUUCAGUUCGACAGCACCUGCUAUGGGCGACAAGAGGUGGCCAUGCGGUUAGCCACUCUCCCGGAUCAAGAGGAUGAUGAUGAUCAGGGUGCUGUGGUAGAUGAAUCCGAAACGGUGCGAGUCGAUGAGGGUAGUGGCGAAGGUGGUACACCCAACAGUAACGAUCUGGACGGAGAUGGUAUUCCGAAUGAUCAGGAUCCGGAUGACGAUAACGAUGGCAUUCCGGACACGCAGGACAAUGACGAUGACAACGAUGGGGUUCCUGAUGCGGAAGAUAUGGAUGAUGACAACGAUGGAAUUCCGGAUAGUAUGGAUGUCGACUCGAAGAUGGUGGCGAACGAUUUGGAUGGAGACGGAAUUCCCAACGAUCAAGACGAUGAUGAUGAUAAUGAUGGCAUUCCGGACGCUGAGGAUGAUGACGAUGACAAUGACGGCAUCCUUGAUGCAAAGGACGAUGACGAUGACAAUGAUGGUGUCCCGGAUAGUGAGGAUACUGAUGCGAAAUCCAGAGGCAAUGAUUUCGAUGGUGACGGUAUUACCAACGAUAAGGACGACGACGACGACAAUGAUGGCAUCCCGGACAGCGAAGAUCCUGAUGAUGAUAACGACGGAGUCCCUGAUGUCCAGGAUACGGACGAUGAUAAUGAUGGAAUUCCGGAUAUCAGAGAUACGGACACUAAGUCGUCGAUCAACGAUUUAGAUGGAGACGGUAUUCCGAAUGAAGAAGAUGAAGAUGAUGACAACGAUGGAAUUCCAGAUACUGAAGACGAUGAUGAUGACAACGACGGAAUCAAGGACGAUGAGGAUAUCGAUGAUGACAACGAUGGCAUCCCAGAUGACAAGGAAGGUCAACCGCUGACCGAUGAUCUUGAUGGAGACGGUAUCCCCAAUGAUGAAGACGAUGACGAUGACAAUGAUGGUAUUCCGGAUACGGAAGAUCAGGAUGAUGAUAAUGAUGGAAUUCCGGAUGCUGAAGAUGUCGAUGAUGAUAACGAUGGUAUUCCGGAUGUGCUGGAUGCAAAUUCACGCAAGGCUAACGAUCUGGAUGGUGACGGUAUCCCGAACGAUCAGGAUGACGACGAUGAUAAUGACGGUAUCAAAGAUGCAGAUGAUAAUGAUGAUGAUAAUGAUGGCAUCCCGGAUGCUGUGGAUAUUGACGACGAUAACGAUGGCAUUCUUGACAAGGAUGAAGAUGCGGCCAAAUAUGCCCCGGCCCAGAUUUGUCACGAUCCAGCUGUGGAUAACUCGGACGAAGACUUAGCUGACGAUGAAGAGUGCUAUACAUAUAGUGGAAAGGUUAUCACGGUCAAGGCCUCAAUCGACGAGCACAACGAACGGGAUGAUGUGGAAGAGUGUAUCUAUCCGCUAGAUGGAUUCAAAUGUCACAUUGACAAGGCCUGGAUCAAGGAUCAGGAACAAGGCUGCAAGCCAGUCAUCGAAUGUACUUUACGGGAUCCGUACAGUGACAAUUCCAGUCUACUCUAUGGAACCACUUGCGAUGGUGACGAAGACAAUGAUGGUGAUGACGAUCGUGGUGACUCCACGUACUACUUCUACCUGUCGAUCCGAUCUUUGCUGGACUUUUUCCUGCUGGCAGCUCUUACUCUGUUCAACACCAUUAUCGUCAUUGUUACCCGUGACUCAUCGACAGGAAUAGCUGACUUUGGCCGUCAGCUGGUUUGGGGAGCCAUCGGUUGGAUCAUCUUCUUCAACGACGACUACGAGCAGCCCUACUUCUGGUUCAUUAUUCUGAAUACGAUCGCUGCCGUUAUUCUACUGAGUCCCCUGCAAAUGGACCUUUCCCCACCGGAAGAAUGGUGGAAGUUUAAGUCGGUUCCUCAGAAAUUCUUCUCGUCCCCCUCCUUCAUCAAGUAUGCUAAACUAUGUUGGUUACCGUUCCUCAUUACCAUUCUCUUGGGAUCGCUGUGGAGCAUAAUUGAUUCCAUCGAUAAAUCCCACAUGAUUGACGUGCCCAAGGAUGACUCUGCCGAAGAACCGGUGUUCAGAACGGUGUUUAGGACAUUGCUUCUCGCUGGCGAUCUACUGGCCAUCCCGGUACUGAUCUUCUCUCAACGAAUCAUCGCAACAUUCGGUACAUGCAAGAUUUUCGUCGUAGCUUUCCUCGCGCUGGUCGUACGCUUCAUUCUACUUGCCAUCUUUGACUGGGAGUACUGGGACAUCAUCGAAGACGCCCUACUACCGGCAACCCUCGGUCUGACCUGGGUGACUUUGGUCUUACACUUCCGUGAUGUGCUGCCUCACAAGGUCACCGCCAUUGCCCAAUCACUGCCAGUGAUCGCUCACUUCGGGUUUGGUCGUUUCUUCGGUGCUCUAAUUGGCAUCGAAUAUGAUUAUGACAACCUGGAGAAUGACUAUGAGAUUAUCGCCGGAGUGUUGUUCGCCAUUACGAUCAUCAGUAUCGUGCUCUAUCGCUACCGGGAGUUCGUACUGAACUAUGUCGGGCAGUACAUCCCGGCGCUGAAGCCAUGCGAGAACGAAAAGGUUGUGAAAGUCGGAAAAGGUGAAACCGAUGUUUGAUGCUAUUGCUAACUCCAUACGGAUCGAACAGGCUAAUGGGAACUGAGUAUUGGACGGAAAAGGGGAGGUCGAGACACUAUGAUUUAGCUAAGUUUAAGCAAAGUGGUUGUGUUUGAGAUUUAGUUUUCAUUUAAGACGUUUCGUUUAUUUAAACUCAAGACAAAUUUAUUCGUAAAUAAAGACUUUGUUGAUUGGCGUUGAAUAAAAUAAAGAACUGUAAUCAAU